UAUCCACAACCAAAAUUAUUAACUAGAUAACUUUUCAAACAGGGUGGUUUGCUUGGGGAAUUGCGACAGCUCAGUGAGAGAUAAUCGCUUUGAAGUGCACGAUGUCAUCAUGAUCUUUAUCCACGAGUCAUAUCUAUCAAGCAGCCAUCAAAAUGAUAUUGGUUUGCUGAGGUUGCCAACGAAUGUGGAGUAUAAGUCGUAUAUAAAACCGAUAUGCAUUGUGGUGAAUCCCCAAGAGAUUUGGUCUAAAUCCCAUAUCAACAGCUUUCUGUUUGGCCAAAGCUUCAAACAAAAAUCUUAUAAAUUUCAAUGUUCCGGGGUACCUUGUAAGUCCGUUGGGAACCCCUUGACCAUAAUGUCCGAGACGAAGAAUGUUAUCCAACAUGGAAUCCUAAGCUAUCGUAAUGCCACCACCUGUGGCUUGGUUUAUACCAAUGUCAUGGCACAUGUCGAAUGGAUUACAUCACGAGCUCUAGAUGCCGAUAUUAAUUAUUGACAAAUGAUUCGCCAUUUAAUAGAAAUAUUAAGUAAAACCUUUAAUACCGUCUUUAAUGAUGUUCAGACGGACUAAACACCUUGAUUUUUAGUUAUGUUGCUCAAUUACCAGUUUUAAGUCGAAUCUGGUUUUAGCUAGAUUUCCUAUUACAUUCGACUAUAUGUUAAGAUUCCCCAAUCUGCAUUUUAUAGAAAAUAUUUUAAAUGUUUCGAUAAAGAAGAGACUAAAAAGAAGAGAGUACCAAGAUCUGUAGAAGCGAUUAUUCAUCGAUAUCCCCUCUCUGCCGGCCGCUUAUCAGUUUCAGUUUAUCACUGUUCUAGUUUUCAUUCAUAAAGAUUUGCUCCUCCAAAUGAAAAUAAAGAAGAAAAUACUAAAUAGAAAAGUGAUCUAGCAUUGCUUUGUGUGUUUUGCCUAAUAUUUAUUGUUUUAAAGGUUUAUUUAAAUAUUUAGUUUGUCAAAAUGCAAGUCAAACUCCGCGGGUGAAUUGAGAAUAUGUAUGCGCAUCUAUAAAUACAUAUAUAUAUAUAUAUAUAUUCAACUGUAUAUAAAAACAUAUGAGAAAUACACUCGGAGAAAAUGUUAGUGACUUCGAAAUGCAAGGUUUUG